UUCACUUUCUGUUGUUGUUGUUAUGCUUUAGAUUGUAACUUGUGCUUAUAUUUUGUUCACAAUUCGUAAUAUUUUGAUUAAAUAUAAUCUCUCUGCGCCAAUUAGGUCAAAAUGGCAUCUAAAUCAUUUGCUUCCGAAAGAAGAUUAAGACCAAUUUAUGAUUGUUUAGACAAUGGAAAUGCUAAAAAGGCUCUUCAAGAAGCUGAAAAACUAUUGAAAAAGCAAAAAGAAUUACUCUGUGCCAAAGUUUUGAAAGGAUUGGCACUUAUUCGCCUUGGUCAACCUGAUGCGGCCAUGGAGCUUUUGCAAGAAUUUCAAGAAGAAGUGCCAACUGAUGAUUGUACCCUUCAAGCUAUGGCUAUUUGCUAUAGAGAAUUGAAUCGCGCUGAUCUCAUUGCUCAAACAUACGAAAAUGCUUGGAAAAAGGAGCCUAAUAACGAAGAUAUCAUGCUCUUAUUAUUCGCGGCAUAUGUUCGUAUCGGAGAUUUCAAGAAACAACAACAAGUGGCUUUAAAUCUCUAUAAAUUGAGACCGAAAAAUUUCUACUACUUUUUGGCCAUAAUGAGUGUCUAUAUGCAGGCUAUAACUCAUGAGGAUCCUGCCCUUGCAAAGAAAAUGUUAUUUCCGUUAGCCCAAAAAAUGUGUCAAAAAUUCAUAGAUGAGGACAAAAUCGAAUCAGAACAAGAAGUUGAAUUAUACUUGAUGAUUUUGGAGAAACAGGAAAAAUACGAAGACAUUUUAGUCGUUACUGAUGGCCCUCUUGCAAGAUUAUUGCCUAAUUAUUUAGACUUUUUGAGAAGACGAAAAGCAUAUCUUUAUAUACAAACAUGCCGAUAUCAGGAGGCCUUUGAAACUUUCCGAUCCAUGAUAGAGAAUAAUGUUGAUCAACUUGAAUAUUAUCAACAAUUAAUUGAUGUGGCUUUCAAACUUGACCAAUCAACAGUUAAUCAUCAUAAAUUUACAAAUGAUCAAAUGGCCAAAAAUGAAGAAAGUCCGAUAAUUUGUAAAGUGAUUGAAACUAUUUCCAAGUAUUUAUUCAGCAAAACAGAUUCUAGCUUUAAAAUGAUCAAGCAAACAGGCUCAAAAUCGUCUCCUAGUACUGUUAAAGCACACAAAUUUCGAGCUCCGUUUAUCGCUAGAAUUGAACUUUACGAAACUCUCAAAGCAAAAAGUGAUUCUCACCCAUCUUACACUCGCCUUCUAUCAAUCAUCUCGGAAGAUCCAGUUACACUUUACACACAAUAUUUUUCUCUUUUUGGUCACAAAAAUGCCUCGUUUUUCGACUUUUCUUAUCUUUUUACAAAAUUCAAGAAACCAAAGGCUGAAAUUCGCUCUAUUAUCGAGGCAAUCGAUAAGAUGAAUGGCCCAUUGAUUGAAAAAAAGCCAAACACUCUUGAUGAAAUGUAUCGUUUAUUGUGUUUAAUUAAGUUAAACUAUUAUUCUGGUAAUUAUGGUUUACUGGAUGAUAUUGGUAAACAAAAUAUCAUAUCAAAGUUAAUUGAUUUACAUGAUGAUUGUAUCCAUUUUGGAGCUGAUCUAUUGCCAAGUGAUUUUCAGCCAGCUGAUCCUUUUAUACUGGUUAUUUCAUAUCUUUUAAUGAACCAAUCGGUAGUUCAAGAUAACUCAAAGCUACUUAAUCUAUUAAUUAUUUUGGAAAGAUCUCUACAAAAAAGUCCAUCCAAUUAUAACAGUAAAGUAGCUUUGAUUAAACUUUACAAUGCUAUCGGUGCUUGUGGCUGUGCUAAUCAUUGGUUUGAAUCAAUGGACAUCAAACAUUUACAAAUUGAUACUCUUGGUUACCUAAUUUCUGACUCAUUACUUUUAAAUAGUCAUUAUUCUGUUGCCUGUUCCAAGAUAUCUCAUGCUUCAAGGUUUUAUUGUUCUAAUUACAAAGAUAACUAUGAUUAUCUUGUAUCAUUUUAUAAAAUAGGAAGUUUCACCAAGAUUGAAGAGAUAAUGAAACUGAAAGAGAAGUUGAAUAUCUCCAUCAAUUAUUCAUCCAUAGAGCUUGACAAAUUGCUUAUGGCUCUUGUCCUGGUAACCAAAAGUCCUGAUGUUACAGCUCAUGCAAUCAAUACAAUCGACGUUGAUCUGGAUAAGAUUGAGACUGAUUUUGAUAAGUUUAUAGACAAUAGGGAUUUCACCAUUUUCAGAGUUUUGGAUAACGAAACUUGGGAAGAGACUCAAAAAAAUGAGUCCCAAUGGUUUGAUGAUCAAAAGAAAUGGAUUAAAUUGCGACAUUUGUUACUCAAAACGUUCAUCAUUGGACAUUGUAAUUUGUAUAAAGAAGGAGACAAAGAUAAUACUACCAAAUCACUUUCAACUAAUUCAAUUGGUGCUAAAUUGGAUGGCAAUAGUUUCACUAAUUUUACGGAAAAUUUAGAAAAACUUGAACUUUAUUAUCAUUCAUUGAAAAAUGAACCAACCCAUUUAAACUCGUUUCCCUUACAAGGUCCACAGCCUUCUAGGAUCAACUAUUAUCUUCAACGAGAUCACGUUGGUAUAUUAUUAGCAAUCUUUAAUCAACUACGAACUGUUUAUGAGUCAAGCUACGAAACAGGAGUAUCUUGGAACGAUUCUUGGUUACUCGAUCUACAAACCAUGAUAAAUGAAAGUAUCGUUUCCUUGAAAGUGGCAAGAACUUUCCACGAUAUGGGUAAAGUUUUCAUCGAUCUUUCGUUCAUCGUUGAAACGAUUUGUUUUGCUGUUAUUUUAUUGGGAUUCAUCAAUUUAUCUCUAACAAAAGAUGUUCAAGAAUCAAAAAAGACUAAAAAGAAGCGAAAUCCAGAAGUUUUAACUAAAUUAACUCAACUAGUUGAAAGUUAUAACAAAACUUUGGAUGAAUUAAGUGUGUGCAUGAAAUUUUUGCUCUCAUCUUUGGAUGAACUGGACAUUGGUCAUAUUAUCAAUUCGCCUGUCGAUUUGAACAUGUUCAAAAGUGAAGGAAAAUUUUUCCAACAACCUGAGAUUUACAGAACAACUUACGAGGAAAUAACUGCGAAAAUAGACCAAAGUUACCAGAAAACAUCCAAACAACUCAACUCAACCGUUGCAAUGAAAUUAAAAUAUCUCAAUCUUAUUAAAUUAUGACCUUAAUUUAGAUACGAAUUAACUUAAGAUCCAUAAAAAAAAAUCGGUCGAUAAAACAACUUAUCCACACACACGUUGGUGAAUCUUAAAGGAAACCAAACUUGAUGAAAGAAGCUUAUAAAUCACCAAUGGCUGAUUUUCAGGAAUACUUGUAGAAACAAAAAUUAGUCACAAUUAGUCAAUUGUAAUUUUUGAAACGAAGCAAUUUCUAACUUUCAAUUGAUUUUGGAAAACAAACUGUAUCUGUAUCUAUUGAAAGAUCAAAUACAAAAUUAUCAGAUACAAAGUAUCUUUUCUUUUCUCUUUUUUCAACUGAUCUAAUGUUCAACUUCAACAUUAAUUGUUCUCUCCCGAAUUUUAAUUGUAAUCAAAUUUGAUAGCUCAUUUUUCUAAAUCUGUUAUUUUGAUUAAAUUGUGACUAAAAUCAA